UGGCCUUAGGAUAUAUCUGUUCGUUUCGUAACACUUCCAAGUCCCUUUCCCGCCAUCGUAACCCUAGUUUAGUUUCAUCUGUAAAAUCUUUUUCGCUCACUCUACCAAAAUUCUACCACAUUGCACUUCAAAACUCUUCAAAAUUACGUUCUUCUCACGCUUUACUCUCCGAUCGGCUUUACUUCAUUUUGGUAGAAGCCGAUCGUCUGAUCCUAGGUGCAACUUUUUAUCAUUUAGUCUCUUCCAAGCCUCUUACGCAGUUAUGGAAACUGAAACCAGUACUGGCCUUUCCAAUGGUAGCACCAAUGAUAAUUCUACUCCCCAAAGGAGUUACCAAGUUGUUUUAGCUGCAACUCGAAGUAUGGGUAUUGGUAAGGAGGGGAAGUUACCUUGGAAACUGCCUUCAGAUCUCAAGUUCUUCAAGGAGAUCACUAGCACUACAUCAGAUUCUACAAAAAAGAAUGCUGUUAUUAUGGGCAGAAAGACUUGGGAAAGUAUUCCUCUUAAAAAUCGGCCUCUUCCUGGCCGCCUCAAUGUUAUUCUUACGCGUUCAGGGAGUUUUGACAUCGCUACUGCAGAAAAUGUCGUUAUAUGUGGGAGCUUAUGUUCCGCUUUGCAAUUAUUGGCAGUCUCCCCUUAUUGUCUAUCAAUUGAGAAAGUGUUUGUUAUAGGAGGUGGUGAGAUUUUCAGGGAUUCCCUCAAUGGUCAUGGAUGUGAAGCAAUUCAUGUCACUGAAAUUGGGACUAAUUUUGAAUGUGACACUUUUGUUCCUGCAAUUGAUGUCUCUUUAUUUCAACCCUGGCACUCAUCAUUUCCUUUGGUUGAAAACAAUAUUCGGUUUUCUUUUACCACCUAUGUUCGUGUGAAGAAUUCUGGAGUAAAACAAAUUAAUCAGACGAAUAGCAAGAUUCCUGAUAAUUGCUUGGAUUCUUCCCAGGAUGAGGUUAAGAUAUUUUCUUUCUUGCCUAACAUGAUUUUUGAGAAACAUGAAGAAUACAAGUAUCUGAGAUUGGUUGAAGAAAUCAUAUCAAAUGGCAUGCCAAAGGAUGACAGGACAGGAACAGGAACUCUGUCAAAAUUCGGUUGCCAGAUGAGGUUCAAUUUGCGCAAAUCUUUCCCGCUUCUUACAACAAAGAAAGUCUUUUGGAGAGGUGUUGUUGAAGAACUCUUGUGGUUUAUCAGUGGAUCAACUAGUUCUAAGGUCCUACAACAGAAGGGCAUUCAUAUUUGGGAUGGCAAUGCAUCCAGAGAUUACCUUGACAGUAUCGGUUUGAAGGACAGGGAAGAGGGUGAUCUGGGACCAGUUUAUGGGUUUCAGUGGAGACACUUUGGUGCCAGGUACAUUGACAUGCACACUGACUACUCUGGGCAAGGGUUUGACCAAUUGGCUGAUGUUAUCAACAAGAUUAAAAAUAAUCCAGAUGAUAGACGUAUUAUACUUUCGGCUUGGAAUCCUUCUGAUAUUAAACUCAUGGCACUCCCACCUUGUCAUAUGUUUGCUCAAUUUUAUGUUGCCAAUGGGGAGUUAUCCUGUCAAAUGUAUCAGCGCUCUGCAGAUAUGGGUUUGGGAGUGCCAUUUAACAUCGCAUCAUAUGCUUUGUUGACAUGCAUGGUAGCUCAUGUUACUGAUCUGGUUCCUGGUGAUUUUGUCCAUGUUAUUGGAGAUGCUCAUGUAUAUCGCACUCAUGUCAGACCUCUGCAAGACCAGCUUCAGAAGAUGCCUAGACCUUUUCCAAUUCUGAAUAUCAAUCCACAGAAAAAGGACAUGGAUUCCUUCGUUGCUACUGAUUUCACACUUGUCGGUUAUGAUCCUCACCGGAAAAUAGAAAUGAAAAUGGCAAUAUGAAGUUCCAUUGUAAAUUUUCUGGAACUACUGUGCUCUCUAGAUAUGGUCUUUUUUUGAGUUGACUUGUGGUGGUUCUCUGAUCGUAGAACCACAUUUUGGCAAAAAACAACCUCAGACCAGAUCUUAUUCUCACUUUGUUUGAUCAGGUAGAGCAACUUUGGUGUCGAGGAGCUAUUCUCAUAUUUAGAAUCUAUACGUACUGUACACCUCUAUUGAAGUAGGAUUCCAAAUGCUUUAGUUCCAGAGUCACAGUUUCUAAGGUGAUCUAGAAUGCCAUUUCUUCCUUGUCUUUUAGCUUUUUGGUUAUUGAAAUGAGGCUAUCACUUCUUCGAUGAUGCUUUUUCUCUUGAGCUGAACAAAACGUAGGAGCUAUUGUGUGGAUGUAGUUCGUUUU